UGAGAAAUAAAGAAUGUGUGUAUCCCGAAGAGUCUACAAUACAACAAGAAAUUCGACCGUAAUCACUGUCACCUCAAGGCUUAAAUUAAUUUGUGUUUGACAAGAACAAACUGGCGCGAAGAAAUGCUGUCAUUGUAUUGAAGUUUUCAACGGUAUACCCGUUUAGGAUCAACGGGCAAAACAUGGUGUGCGUUUACUGCAAUGCCAAGUACGAAGCGCCAGCCGAAUAUAGGAGACACAUGAAGGAGAAACAUAGAUUCAUCAGGAAACUGGCUUACGUACAUUUGAAAAGUCCCGAAGCGUAUAUGAAGGUUGAUUGCACGGAGAUGAGCUGCAGCAUUUGUUCGAGGAAGUUCGAUAAUGUCAGAGCCAUUGCGGAACACCUGCGCUUCGCCCACGGCAAGACCGUGACCUUACACGAGGAGAUCGCGAUACACCCGUACGUGUUCGGCGAGAAAUUGUGGGCCUGCGCUAUCUGUCCUAUGCAACUGACCUGUCUCCGAGGACUCAGUAUACACACGUCGACCCAUUUCAAUAGAUCGACGUGCGAAACGUGCGGCAAAUCGUUUGUUAAUUCACACAGCCUACAGAGACACAUAGCCGGUGCCCAUUACAACGAGAAGAUCUGCGAGAAAUGCAAGAAACGUUUCCCGACAAACGCCGAAAGGCACAAGCACUUGACCGAAUCGCCGGCGUGCUGGCGUUAUAUUUGUCGGGUAUGUGGACAGCGAUGCAUGAACCAGAAGAGGAAAGACGCCCACAUGAGGGAAGUGCACGGACAAGAGAAGACCCGUAUAUGCACGGAAUGCGGUCUCCAAUUCACCAGAUGGGAGCUGUACACGCACCAUUUUAUAACGACCCACACCGACAGAGCCUAUGAAUGCACUUUUUGCGGUCUGAAACUGUCCACGAAGAAGAAGUUUGAAGAUCACAAAACUGUGCACACCAAAGAGAAGCCUUUUGACUGUCAUGUUUGUUACAAGGCCUUUCCCACCAGGAAGACCCUAACACAGCAUAUGUGGGUUCACAGCGAAUACAAGCGCUUCGAAUGUAAAAUGUGCGAUAAGAAAUUUACCCAGAAAAUCAGUUGGACGUGUCAUAUGAAGUCGUAUCAUCCGGACGUGAAUCCGAAAUAAUAAUUUUAUACCUUGGAGGAUUAAUUGUCACGAAUAGUAUUGUUAGGUUACGCUUACAUUAA